AUGCAACGCAACUAUUCUCAAGGCACUUUCGGUUGGGCGUUGGUUGAUCUACUGAGGACAACCCCGGAUUUCAUGGGCACCGCCAUGAAUUUUGACCCUCUCGUCAUCUAUGCGGCGGGAAUGAAACCACGACACGUAGAUCUCCACUAUGUGCUUGGAUUGAAAUUUUGCUCCCCUAUUGUCCGCGAACGGAACGUCUUGCGGAAGGGUGGACUAUGCGUUCACCAAAUAACGUCUAACAUGAGUGUGCUAGCCGACGCGGUGAUAAUGCUUGCGUCGGAGAUAAUAUUCUUCGCCGGCGGAUGGGUGUUUUUUGUGAAGCAAUUAUUCAAGAACUACGAAAUUCAUCAAGUCCAGGUGCAACUCGUUUUCGCCACAACCUUCGCGCUGUCUUGCACGAUGUUUGAGCUGAUAAUCUUCGAGAUUCUGGGAAUUCUGGAGUCAAACUCGAGGCUUUUCUACUGGAGACUUGGCCUGCUGCUGAUGCUUCUGGUGCUCAUCAUCUUCAUACCAUUUUACAUGUCGUAUUGCUUAGUGAGCAAUCUGCGUUUCGUGAAAACGGCGAGAGGACUUCACAUCUUGUCAUUCUUAUGCUGGCUUGCUUUCCUCUACUUAUUUUGGAAGGUGGGAGAUCCAUUCCCGAUUUCUUCUCCGAAGCACGGCGUUUUUUCCGUGGAACAAGGUAUAUCACGAAUAGGAGUUAUCGGCGUGACUGUGAUGGCCUGUUUGUCCGGCUUUGGUGCCGUGAACUACCCUUACACAUCCAUGGCUUACUUCAUGAGCCCGGUGACCGCUGCUGACGUUCAGUCAAUGGAGAAGAAGCUCCAUCACACAUACGACAUGAUCCUUACGAAGAAAAAGCGAUUGGCUAUUGCUGAAUAUGAUACAUCAGCGAACGACGGGCGUCAGAAUGGUCCCUCAUCUUUCUUCAGCAUGAUCAAGAACGUUGCUGCGACGAAAUUUGACGACACUUCGAAACUGAGAUCAGAAGUACUUGCUUUGGAGGAGUUCAGCAGACGGCUGUUCUUGGAAGCUGUUGACAUGCAAACAAUGCGGGAACGGAUCGAAUGGGCGAAGACUUUCCGCGGGAAAUAUUUCAAUUUGAUGGGUUACUUCUUCUCGCUCUACUGCAUGUGGAAAAUAUUUAUUUGUAUGGUGAACAUCGUGUUCGACCGCGUAGGGAAAGUUGAUCCGGUCACACGUGGGAUCAGUAUUGCUGUGAUCUAUUGUGGCUUUGACAUUGACGUGACUUUUUGGUCACAGCAAAUCUCGUUUUUUCUCGUGGGCUGCAUCGUCGUGACGUCCAUCAGAGGCCUUCUCAUUACACUGACGAAAUUCUUCUACGCAAUAUCCAGCUCGAAGUCGUCAAAUCUCAUCGUGCUGGCCUUGGCGCAAAUCAUGGGAAUGUACUUCGUGAGCUCCGUAUUGCUGAUGAGGAUGAACAUGCCCGCGCAGUAUCGCACCAUCAUUUCACAAGUACUGGGAGAGCUGCAGUUCAAUUUCUAUCACCGAUGGUUCGACGUGAUAUUUUUAGUGUCCGCCGUGUCGAGCAUAGGGGGUAUAAAAGGAGUUUCAUCCGAUCGAGUCCCUCGCAUGAAGGCAAUUGCCGAACAUCUCGGUCAAGGUCACUAUGAUAUUGUCAUACUUCAAGAAGUUUGGGCUGAAGAAGAUUUUUGCCGUCUGCGAGAUGGCUGUCGCAAAGAACUACCUUACGCUCAUUACUUCUACAGUGGAGUGAUUGGUUCAGGAAUGUGCCUAAUAUCACGAAAACCUUUCGAGUGCUCAAUGUUUCACCAAUGGCCGCUCAAUGGCUAUUUUCACAAAUUGAUGCAUGGGGACUGGUUCGGCGGGAAAGGUGUUGGCCUCUGCCAGCUCAAGUGGAAUGAUUUUGUCAUAAAUGUAUAUGGGACGCAUUUACAUGCGGAAUACAGUUUCCAUGCCCCAGAAUACGAAGCCCAUCGAGUCGUGCAAGCUUUUGAGUCAGCUGAAAUGAUUCGUUUGACCAGCAUGGGGGCGGAUCUGGUCAUUUUCGGCGGUGAUUUCAACACGGAACCGGAUGAAUUGGUUUAUAAAAUGAUGAAGGGUGCAGUGCCGUUGGUGGACCCUUUCAAAGUUCUAAACCCCGACCCCAGUGUGCGGAAAUUUCAGAAGGACGAAAAGGAGAUGGAACCCACUUGUUACGUUGUGUCAAAUUCAUACACGCCUGUGAUGGCCAAAGAACAUAAACCGAAAGGCAUCCGAUUAGAUUACAUUUUGUAUCGGACCGGGAAAGGAGCAGAGGCAACUCCCUUGUCGUAUUGCCUGCCGUUGCCACCUCAUGUUCCCGAUCAAAAAUUCAGCUAUUCUGAUCACGAGGCUGAACCAUUCGAUAUAGCCUCAGAAGAAAGGAUUCGUUUGCUAUCCGAAGGUAGAGAAAUCUGUAUGAAAGCGUUGAAGGACCUGGAUUACCGCGACCGCAUGUACCAGAUGUUCGUGUUCGGGCUCAUCACCGUCAUGUGGUAUCUUUCCGGAAUUCAAGGCUCAUAUUUCAUCGCUCCGAUCGCCUGGGUGCUGUGCUUCCUUGCUUGUGUCUAUUUCUUUUUUAUGUGCGCGAUCGGAACUCGCAUUGAACGACAUGCCAUUAAAGCUGGAUACUUGGCCAUGUCUUUGCGAAGCCACGCGUCUGAUGACCAAUUGAACUGUGAUGGAGGUGAUCUUGGUGUUAUUUGCGAUGAAGUGGACGCGAAAAGUUGA